ACUAAGUUUUACCUUUUCCCUAUAAGUGGUGCUACAGUCGUCCACAUCUGUAUAAUGUAGAGUCGCCUAAAAAUAUUAAUUUUGGCAAAAUUAGGGGUUUUAUGUAUUGUAUUUUAAUAUACACAUAUUGAGACUGUAAUUAAAUCACAACAGAACCGACUAAUAAAACUUACAUACAAUAGUUUUUCCAUCUUUUGUUCUUCUUGUAUUCGUUUCUUUUAUGGUUGAAUACAUAGAUGUAUGAGCUCCGAUUGAUUUUGUAAAUACAUACAAUGCCUCAAAUUUGUUCGACAAUUGUACUUACUCUUUGAUUGAAGAAGUAAAGAAAUACAUGAUGGGAGUAUUGGAGUUUGAACUUCAACAUGGUCGUGGUUCGCUUUGUUAUGUUUAAUUGGUACUGAAGUUAAAAAUUUUUCGAUGUGAUAAGGCUUUCCAAGUGAUGAAUUUUCGAAAAAUUUGACAAACCAAUAAUCUAAAAUCAUGGCUGACAAAAGACAACAGAAUCUGUCGAAAGAAGAGAUAGCUAAACAGUUUAUGUUACCAGAGAGAAAAAGUAAAAUAGCUACUUUGUUGAAACAAGAUGGCCAAGCAUACUGUAUUUGCAGAAGCUCGGAUAGUUCUCGUUUCAUGAUUGGCUGUGACGCGUGCGAAGAAUGGUAUCAUGGUGACUGUAUAAAUAUUACAGAAAAGGAUGCCAAGCAUAUAAAACAAUUUUUUUGCAUUCGAUGCAGAGAAGAGGACCCUACUCUUGUGACUCGGUAUAAACCACGGAGAACAGAACAAGAAGAUCGUAAGUACAAGAAGCAUAAAGAGAAAGAGAAAGAUCGAGCUCAUAGGUACGAAUACGAUGCGCCUUGGGAUCCAACUUUAGUCAAGAAAUCGUCGAAACGUUGCGGACAAUGUACGGGAUGCUUAAGAACAGAGAAUUGUGGAAAAUGCGAUGCCUGCAGACAUUUGAAGAAAUUCGGACCCUCGGUACGGCUGAAGCUCAGAUGCAUACAGAGAACUUGCAGAGUAUUGGGCGAUCCGUUGAAACCCUCGAAGAGCUUCAACAAGAGCUCCAAGUUCAUCAAGAAACGGAAAAGAGAUUCGAGCAAUGAGAGGAACGAACACCUGGAAGUGCCCAGACAUUGUUACGGGCCGGCUUGCACAAAACAAUCACGACCCGGUAGCAAGUAUUGUUCCGACGAAUGCGGAUUGAAGCUGGCGACCAACAGAAUCUAUCAAGUGUUGCCUCAACGGAUACAGGAAUGGUCUUUGACGCCUUGCAUCGCGGAGCAGAACAACAGAAGAGCGUUAGAGUCUGUCAGGAAGCAGCAACAGGACGUUAGAAAAAUACUUCAGGAACUGGACAAAAGGCACACCGAGUUGGAUAGAAUCGUAGAACGGGCUAAACACGCAACUAUAGAUCCUCUGGCGGAAGUAGAUGACAACGAUGACACGGAGAUGAGUAUGUACUGUAUCACUUGUGGCCACGAGAUUCAUUCGAGGACUGCUAUCAAGCACAUGGAAAAAUGUUUCAACAAGUACGAGUCUCAAGCGUCGUUCGGCUCAAUCUUCAAGACGCGCAUUGAGGGACAGGUGAUGUUCUGUGAUUUUUACAACCCUGCGAAUCGAACCUAUUGUAAAAGAUUGCGCGUGUUGUGUCCGGAGCAUUGCAAGGACCCGAAAAUCAGCGAGACAGAGGUUUGUGGUUGUCCCUUGGUUACGAACGUGUUCGACUCUACCGGAGAGUUCUGUCGUGCUCCGAAAAAGAGUUGCGUGAAACAUUAUGUCUGGGAGAAACUGCGAAGGGCAGAAAUCGACAUGGAGAGAGUCAGGCAAUGGCUGAAAAUAGACGAAUUGGUGGAACAGGAGAGGCAAAUCCGAGCGAACAUGGCUUCCCGGGCCGGUGUGCUUGCCCUGAUGUUGCACUCGACCUACAAUCACGAAUUGAUGGAGCAGAUGACGCAAGAACAGAACAGAGAACAGUUGGAAGCAAUGGAAGAAGAAUUGCAACGCAGAUACGGUAUUUUACAGAAAGAACAAUCUGCGGUGCAAUGACCGUUGCUGUCUUCCGCUCUGGAACUUUCCAAACGUAUCUCCACCACGUGUUCAGUAUAGUGUUCUUCUAUUCAAAUAUGUUGUACAUACUCCGAUUAAUCGUAGAGAAUUGUUUUCGAAACAGAAUUGAAAUUAAUUGAAUCGAAUUGUGGUAGGCAAGACAAAAAAUAUUUGUUCGACGUUAGAGAAUAUUAACUACUGUAACGACAUCAGCGGAAUUAGUAUAUGUAUAUAGGUUCUAAAGGAUGCUUGUGUCUAUAGUAGAGCUUCGUGAACAACAAUAUUAUGCUCCGACCGACUGACUCUGUAUAAUUGUGUAUUUCUCUUUAUUUAUAACGUUCAAUUAAACUUUUGUAAAUUCAAAUUCAUAAUAUAAUUUGUCCAUUACCUA